AUGUCACCACGAACAGACCAUGAAAAGGCCACGAUCGAGCACGUUGACGCUGUCCGAACCUACGGAUCCGACGAGGAAUCCAAGUCAACAUGGCAGACGCUGAAAAGUAAUCCGAAAAUCAUUGCGCUGUGUUUCUUCGCAAAUGUCGGCCCGUUGAUGUACGGCUUCGACAAUCUGGCUACCUCGCUCUGUCUCUCCAUGCCUGCUUUCGAACUUCAAUUCGGAGAAAUGGUAGAUGAAUCGCCCGUAAUCGCAGCCUGGUGGCAGUCCGUCUGGAAUGCAAUGGGCCAGAUUGGAACUAUGCUGGGUGCAGUGGCCAUCGGCUUCAUCGCCGACCGGUUUGGACGGAGAGCGUGCUUCGCCAUCUCGGCGGUCUUUUCUGCUGCUGGUAUCGCAGUUUUAUAUAUAUGCUCUACGCCUGGCGUCUUUCUUGCGGGGAAGACGAUUAACGCUUUGUCGCUGGGAAUGGCCAUUUCUGUUGGCCAGACUUACAUUGCCGAGAUCACCCCUGUCGCUAUGCGUGGCAUCGCUCUUUCAGGAUUCACAUUUAGUAUGAAUCUGGGGUAUAUGAUUGCGGCUUCGGUCGCUUUCAAACGGCUGACUGUUAUGGAUGCAUCCGCUUACCGGGUCCUGUUCGCAGCAGGAUGGGUCUGGCCCGGUCUAAUGCUACUCCUAUUCUCCAUAAUCCCCGAGUCCCCCUUCCAUCUCGUCCGACAAGGAUCUCGAGACAAAGCACGCAAAGCCCUAAUCCAGCUCUCGCCAAAGGGAGCAGACAUCACCACACAGCUCACAGCAAUAGAGUGGCUAGUCGAAGAUGAGCGCUCCCUAGCUAACGAAGCCCAAUCCGCGUCCUUUGUCGAGCUCUUCAACAAGGAUAACAUCCGCCGAACCAGGAUAAUCAUAUACUGCAAUGCCCUUAACCAGAUGAUCGGGGCUACUUUUAUAGGCAACGGGCCGUACUUUUUGAUCUCUGCGGGUCUGCCCUCUUCGUCAACGGGGAUGCUUGUUGAGAUUGGAAUCGCGUUUGCUAUCUGCAGUAGUAUUAUAACGUGGUUCCUCAUUCCGCGGACGGGGAACCGCACCCUCAUGCUCUGGGGGACGGCCGGGUCGGCGUUAUUUUUCAUUAUAAUCGGCGUCUCUGGGUGCUUUUAUACGAAAGCAGCAAAAUGGACAACCGGAAUAGGCCUCCAAUUAGUCUGGUGGUCAAUCGGGCCCUGCAUCGGUCCUGCAAUGAGUGUCGCGGGACAGGUAUCGCAGGCCCGUCUUCGUGCGAAGUCCCAGUCGCUGGGGUUCGGGUUUAACUACUUCUUCUCUGCUAUAUGGAACGUCUGUGUGCCUUAUAUGUUCAAUACAGAUCAGGGGAACCUUGGUGGCAAGAUGGGGUUUAUCUACCUUGCUACUGCUGUUAUUGCCUGGGUUGCUAUCUUCUUUGAUGUCCCGGAGACGAAGGGGCGGUCGUUUGCUGAGCUGGAUGAGAUGUUUCAGCUGGGAUUGCCUGCUAGGGGGUUUAAGACUUGGCGGGAGGCUGAUGUUGAAUAG